GUAACCUCGUUCAAGAAUUUUUUUGGUUAUAAUUAUGUAGUAUUUAUUAUUUUUGAUUACACUAAAGCGAACUUCUUAAUGAAGUCUCGCAAAAUUGAAAAAAGAAAAUACUUGAACAAAAAUAACGAACAAGUGUCAUGUGUGGGAGAAUAAGUAGAUUUUAUUUAAUUAUUUAAAGUUUAUAAGUAUGUUUGUCAAUCAACGGCGAAUAAAACAAAUCGGAUUUCUAAUUGUAUGUAUAAUAAUCGUCUUAGGAGUCUACCAGACUUUAGUUACGACGGAACAUGUUCCAACGAUUGCAAUGACUCGCAAACGUAUAUUAAUAGAAGCUCAAGAAAAAAAUAUCAACCUUAACAAUGAAGUGAAUGAAGCGAAUGAAUUCCUUGACCUUCAGAAUACUAAAGCUCGUCUUAAAGAACUAGAGGAAAAAGUUCACCAAAUGGAAUCGAAGAUAGAUAAUCGUGUGCCCAAACAAUUUCCCAGUGUGAAAUUUUUGAAUUACAAAAACCGAAGAAGGAUUUUGGUCACGGGAGGAGCAGGUUUCGUAGGAUCUCAUUUGGUAGAUCGUCUGAUGCUUGAAGGACAUGAGGUCAUUGUGGUUGAUAAUUUUUUUACUGGAAGAAAAAGAAAUGUGGAACAUUGGGUGGGACAUGAGAAUUUUGAACUGGUUCAUCAUGACAUCGUCAGACCAGUUUAUUUAGAAGUAGAUGAGAUUUAUCAUCUAGCCAGUCCAGCUAGUCCACCUCAUUAUAUGCAUAAUCCUGUUAAAACACUCAAAACAAAUACUAUUGGGACUAUUAAUAUGUUAGGUCUUGCUAAACGAGUUGGUGCCAAGGUAUUAAUUGCAAGCACUUCAGAAGUGUAUGGAGAUCCAAUGGAACAUCCUCAAUCAGAGACUUAUUGGGGUCACGUAAAUCCAAUAGGUCCAAGAGCUUGCUACGAUGAAGGAAAGCGUGUAGCUGAAACACUCAGUUAUGCUUACAUGCGUCAAGAGAACAUUAAAGUACGUGUCGCACGGAUUUUUAAUACCUUUGGACCACGAAUGCAUAUGAAUGACGGCCGAGUCGUGUCAAAUUUCAUUCUUCAAGCAUUACAAAACGACUCAAUAACAAUUUAUGGUAAUGGAGAACAAACCAGGUCGUUUCAAUAUGUUUCGGAUUUAGUCGAUGGGCUUGUUGCUCUUAUGGCAUCUAAUUAUACUCAGCCAAUUAAUAUUGGAAAUCCUGUGGAACAUACAAUUGAAGAGUUCGCAAUGAUUAUCAAGGACUUAAUAGGAGGUACUAGUAAAAUAAUCCGAUUAGCUGCUGUUGAAGAUGAUCCACAACGACGAAAACCAGACAUCAGUCGCGCCAAAAAAUACCUCAACUGGGAACCUAAAAUUACUUUGACUGAAGGUUUGAAAAAAACCAUUUCUUAUUUCGUUAAAGAAUUACAACGGACAAAACACUUGCAAAAAGAUAUGGCAAGAAUACCAUUUGUUAAUGAUCAUGAUAUCGUAGAUCAGUUGUAAUUUAUAUAUGAAAAAACAUGAUAUUAGCGUACAUUGUUAAGACGUAAUCAUCAGAUAUUGAUAAAGCUUUAUUUUAUAUUAUUUUUAUUUUUUGGGUUUUGUAGAUAGAAAACAGUAAUAUUUUAUACAUCGAAAAUAUUUGUGAACCAACUUUAAUCUACCAUCAUAAAAAAUUUAAUAUCUUGUAUGUUUGGAUGCAUGUUGUAAAUAUAUUUAUUAUUAUUUAGAUAAUAAUUAAAGAAUGUAAAACAUCAUUUAUUUGAACGAGAUGCAGGUGUUAACUUGAAUAAGUUGGAAACAGAAUAUACUAUAGUUUUUGUGAUAUGAACUAAUGACGUUUAUUUUUUUUUUGUCGUAAAAGAGUAUCUAAAUUACUAUCUUGCAUGACUGACGAUCAAUCAUUUACACAUUAUAAGGAUUAUGGUACACGUAAUCACUAAUAGCUGUGUGAUAAAGUAAAAAAAUCAGAGGUGGAAAAAUAUAGAUCAACUACCAUCAAAAUUUACUGAAAUUAUAUUAUGUCACAAUAAAUGAUCAAUUUUGAUAUUCUAAAAAUA